AUGGACCCUGCCAGCUUGUCGCGAUCGUCGAAGCGGGCCGUUCCAGUCGGCCUACUGGAAGCUGCGCUCGAUUCACCGACGUUCCGGUCGACUGCCCUGCACUUUGGCGACCAAAUCGAAGCCAUUGAAAAAUGGCUCAACAACUAUGUGAAUUCGACAUCGAAGCUCCUCCACGACUUUCUGGCCCUCGAGGACACGAUUAACUCGUAUCUGGUCAAGACGGCCGCCCCGGUCGGUGACACCACGCUCGACAACGACUAUACUUUGCUGGCGCUCAAGAGAGUUGGAGAGGGGUCGCGGGAAUGGCUCACACAAAUGCAGGGUGCCAUGAAGCGCAUGGAAUCGACCGUGGUUGAGCCGAUCCGGUCCUUCAUGAGCGGUGACCUCCGCAACUUCAAGGACACGCGGCGCGCUCUCGAGGCAGCGCAACGGACCUACGACUCGACCCUCGCCCGUUACGUCGGGCAGCACAAGACGAAAGAGCCCUCCGCUCUGAGAGAAGAUGCAUUUUCCGUGUUUGAGAGUCGCAAAAUCUAUCUGCAGGCGUCGAUUGAUUUUUGCCAGGCUGUCCCCCAACUCCGAUCCGCCAUCGACAGACUCCUCGUUACCGUAUGCAGCGAUAUAUGGAAAGAGAUCAAAGGCUCCCGUGAUGCGACCGCCAAUGCUAUGCGCUGGAGUCGUGAAAUGGAACGUGUUCGCGGCUGGUCCAACGAGAUGGAGAUGGCCGAUGCUGUCUUCCGCCGUGAACUCCAGGCAGCCAAGAAAAACAUAUACGACCUGGCCAUUGAGAAUGUUAAACCUUCUCGAGAACUCGAAGACUACAAUGUGUCCACGAUCCCCUUCCUGAGUUCACGCGGCCCUGUAAAUCUACAACCCAAGGAUGACUCUGCUGUGGUUUGCGUCAAGCAAGGCUGGCUCUUUUUGCGUGUCUUGUCGAACAAACCCACCAGAUAUACUUGGAUUCGAAGGUGGCAUUAUUGCCGAGACAGAGUCUUUGGUUGGCUGAUCCCAGGCGCACAGGGUGUUCUUCAGGGUGAUGAGAUCGGAGUCUUACUUUGCAAUGCCAGACCAGCGGUUGGUGAAGAGAGGCGCUUCUGCUUUGAAAUCAAAACCAAUGACCAGUCCCUGAUCCUCCAGGCAGAAAACCAAAAGGAGCUUACAGAGUGGCUUGAAGUAUUUGAAGUGGCAAAGAAAGCGGCCUUUGACACCAGCCGGGGAAGAAGUGCGAGCUCCAUGUCGCGCCACGAUCCUGCAUUUUCGAUCAACCCCCCGAGCGCCCCCGAGUUUUCUGCCAAUAAUGCUGAUACGUACAUCAACGUCUCGGAAGACGCCGCAGUCGGCCUUGAGCGAGCCACGACCAUGCUCAUGCCCCCUGAUGCCCACACCAUGCCUCGUCAGAGCGUUGACGCACACCCCGUGGGUACAAUACCACGAAGGUCCUUUACGGCUCUCGGAAAAGAAAUUAGCAAGGACUUGGUCACUCGUGAGGACGGCGAGUCUGGCAGAGAGCACGCUGCGCGCAUUAUCCAGAAGCUGGACCUGCAUAGAAAAUCAACUUUUGGGCCCGGCAAUGAAGGCUCCAUGGGUAGUCCGGCCCAACCAGCUUCUGGCAGCGGCAUUGCCAGUUUAAUAUCGGCAAGCCACAACGUCUUUCCGGGCUACCCCCAUCCACUACUCUCGCCAAGCGUUACAAAAAGAGGCAGCCCGCUCCCAAAGCUUGAUAGCCAGCUGGGUUCUCUCGCGCCGUCAACGUUGGAAAAACCACCCGUGGUAACAACCCUCAGCCGAGCCGCGGCUAUUCAUGCAGCCGACAAGUCCUCACUAGGAGACUCCCGAAAGAAACUGCCAGCUUCCAUUGUCGCCAAUUACUGGGGUACAAAUAUCUGGACUGCUUCGGAUAAUUCCAGCCAACCCGUACUGCCCAGAAGAGAGGCGGACGAUCCAUUUGGCGUGGUGCUGCCGGAAGGCAUGCAGACCACCCUCAGCACGCCCACAAAGGAGAAAGCAUCUAGUGAGCUUUUCCCAAUCAACUACCCAACAGAGCUGCGUCUACAGACUGCGCAGUUUAAGCUGCUCUUUCCCGACGUACAAGGAGAUGAAAAGCUUGUGCUAGUAUUCCGAGCGUCCUGGUCGUUCAAGGCGGCGAAAGACUCGUCGCAAGGCUCUUUUGCUGGCGAUGGCAGAGUGUAUGUCACGCCAGACUACAUGUAUUUUUAUAGCCAGCGCAUGGGGCUCAUCACGACAUUCUCUGUUAGCUUGGACAUCAUUGCCGAGGUGACUGCCCACUCUGGUCGAGAGUCGGAUUCCAUCACGCUGCGCCUAGGUGAAGACAUGGGCGAGACCGUCUGGGAAGAAGUCAACCUGAAGGUGUAUCUGGACGACCUUCGUCUGCUGCAUAGUCGCCUGAACCUCAUUAUCGACAACAUCCAGGCGGAAGAGCCCGCUAACACCGAACACUUGAUCUUCGCCCUGAUCAACCUCGAAAGGGUGGACGAGAGGCCUAGCCCUAGCAUUGACGGAUGGGAUGACUCGUCGCUCUAUACCCCGAUUGACACUGGAAAUUCCAGCAAAAUCCUCGGUCGUUCACCUGUUGAGUCUACCCCGCGCUUACGGCACUCGCAAUCCCGCCAGAGAUUAUUACUCCCCAAAAUUCAUCUGCCAAAUCAUGCUGUUGAGUACGAGCCAGAGAACAUGACCGAGAUGGCUGCUGAGCGCCACUUCGAGAUAAGUGCGAAGGCCUGCUUCCACGUUUUGUUUGGCGAUAGGAGCUUUGUCUUUCCCAAACUAUAUUUCGAACACCGCGCUCAGCAAAUCGCCCAAGGGCCUUGGGUUUUGGUAGACCAAGGCCGGAUGCGCCGCGAGUUCCAGUUCAAGGUCAACUACACGGAUAUGCUCGGUCGAGAUAAAAGUGCAGAUGUGAAGGAUGAGCAAACAAUUGAUCUUUUUAGCGACCAUGUCACAUACGUGGUUACGCAUACCAAAACCGCAUGGCACCUGCCUCACUCGACAUCGUUCAAGCUCAUCUCCAAAAUUGUCAUCACACACAUGGCAAAAUCGAAGUGUAAACUCGCCAUCUGGGUCAAGAUUGAUUGGUCACGGACACCGGCAUUGUCAAAGAACUUGGUAGAGCGCCAAGCUUUGCGUGAUAUCAAGAGACAGGCCGAGGAGCUCGCGGAACUUGCGACCGACCAGGUGCGCAAACUUGGAUCUCGGUCCAGGACAAACAAAGCUAUUCAUGUUUACGGCCAAGUUGGCAAUCAAACGCAGGUUGUUGUCUUCUCGCCAGGCACAGACUCGACGAAGAAACAGGCAGAGACACCUCGAACUCUGACGUCAAUGAUCUUUGAUACCGUGCGUUCAUUUGCAGAGAGCUGUAUUACAUCAGUGAUCAUGUGGACGUUUGCUGGCAUCAAGCGACUGUUUGAUAUCGUCACGGCACAUCGGCUCAUUAUUGCUCUCCUUUUAUUCAGCAGUCUUGUGAAUGUGCUGUUGACUUCUUCGAGUACUUCGACAUGGUGGCAAGAGCGCAGUGCGGCGCGAUUUAUGCACCGUAUUGGCGUAGUACCACACCCCAUUAUGAGCAAAGCAAUAUACUUUUCAGACUUGGCCAAAGCUACGGGCGCUGGUGGCUCUCGGCCGACUUUUGGCAAUGAGAACAGCACCUGUUACGACACGUUUGCAGACUUGAUGGAAGCGACCGACUUGGACGCACCGUGGGACGAGUCCGGCAGUGCAAUGGCGCCGUCGAGCCGCUCUACUGCCCGGCGCAUUCGCCGUACGAGACAGCGCUUGGGUACAUAUCGGCACGAUUUGCUCGUGGCCAUGCGCGUAGUCAACAGCAUCGAGCGCGAGAUGAUGCAGUCCGAGUGGGAGAAUUGGCUGGUACACGAGAACUCACUCUGCGACGAACUAGGUCGCAUGCUUGGCGUCAAGGAGGAGCAGAGCGAGUACAAGACAGUCUUGGAGACGGCGCCUGGGGCACAGAGGGUUUUGGAGCCCAUGCCAGAUCACCAGAUAGCGGAGCUGAAGCAGUGGCAAGCGUCACACUGCAGAAGCUGCCGAGCGGAUUAUAAGAGUGUGAUGAAGGGCAGGUCUGGCCAGUUUGAGGAGCAAAAGCGGUAA